GUCAAAAAAACAAAAGGGGAACACAACACAUACAUACUACAUAGAAAGGAAGAAGUCUCAACUCUCUAACCCUAGCCCUGGAUUCCAAUUUACAGCUCUCUUCGAGGAGCAGAUAAAGAAGAAUCCCAAAGAGGGAUUGCGGGCAAAUUAAGCUAUUUUCGAGGAAGUCGCAAAUUUUGAUCUUCAACAAAAUUUAAGUGUUUUUGGUGGUUUGGUCCUUAUAGACAACAAGAAGAAGGAUGUCGGACCGUCUUACACGUAUUGCAAUUGUGAGCUCUGAUCGGUGCAAGCCAAAAAAGUGCCGCCAGGAGUGCAAAAAGAGCUGUCCUGUGGUUAAGACAGGCAAACUAUGUAUUGAGGUUACUUCUGCAGCAAAACUUGCUUUUAUUUCGGAAGAGCUGUGCAUUGGAUGUGGUAUUUGUGUCAAGAAAUGUCCUUUUGAAGCAAUUCAGAUCAUUAAUCUUCCAAAAGAUCUGGACAAGGAUACAACACAUCGUUAUGGUCCCAAUACUUUCAAAUUACACAGGUUGCCUGUCCCGAGGCCUGGGCAGGUUCUUGGCUUAGUCGGAACAAAUGGUAUUGGGAAGUCUACUGCUCUUAAAGUUUUAGCUGGGAAAUUGAAGCCCAACUUGGGGAGGUUCAAUAACCCACCUGAUUGGCAGGAAAUCCUGACAUACUUCCGAGGAUCGGAAUUGCAAAAUUAUUUUACGCGCAUAUUGGAAGAUAAUUUGAAGGCUAUUAUUAAGCCCCAAUAUGUGGACCAUAUUCCAAAAGCAGUCCAGGGCAAUGUUGGGCAGGUCCUAGAGCAGAAAAAUGAGAGAGAUAUGAAGGCUGAACUCUGUAAUGAUCUGGAGCUGAAUGUAGUUCUGGAUCGUAACGUCGGAGAUCUCUCUGGUGGUGAAUUGCAGAGGUUUGCAAUUGCAGUUGUUGCUAUACAGAGUGCUGAGAUAUAUAUGUUUGAUGAGCCUUCAAGUUAUCUGGAUGUCAAACAAAGGCUCAAAGCUGCCCAAGUCGUGAGAUCAUUGCUUAGGCCUAAUAGCUAUGUUAUUGUCGUGGAGCAUGAUCUUAGUGUUUUAGACUAUCUUUCAGACUUCAUUUGCUGCUUAUAUGGUAAACCGGGUGCAUAUGGAGUUGUCACCCUGCCAUUUUCUGUUCGAGAAGGAAUCAAUAUAUUCUUGGCAGGAUUUGUACCUACAGAAAAUCUUCGUUUUCGUGAUGAAUCCCUUACCUUCAAGGUUGCUGAGACACCUCAAGAUAAUGCGGAGGAGGUUGAGACAUAUGCUCGAUACAGAUACCCAACGAUGACAAGAACCCAGGGUGGUUUUAGACUGCAUGUUGUGGAAGGUGAAUUUACAGAUUCACAGAUUAUUGUGAUGUUGGGAGAAAAUGGAACUGGGAAGACAACAUUUAUUCGUAUGCUGGCUGGACUUGUGAAGCCUGAUACUGUGGAAGGAUCUGAUGUCGAAGUACCUGAAUUCAAUGUUUCUUACAAGCCCCAGAAGAUCAGUCCGAAAUUCCAGUCUACUGUGAGGCACCUACUACAUCAAAAGAUUAGGGAUUCAUAUACUCAUCCCCAGUUUUGCUCAGAUGUUAUGAAGCCUCUUCAGAUUGAGCAAUUGAUGGAUCAAGAAGUUGUGAAUCUAUCUGGUGGAGAAUUGCAGAGAGUUGCUUUGGCUUUGUGCUUGGGGAAGCCUGCAGAUAUUUAUUUGAUUGAUGAACCGAGUGCAUACCUUGAUUCUGAGCAGCGUAUUGUGGCUUCAAAGGUGAUAAAGAGAUUUAUUCUCCAUGCCAAGAAGACGGCAUUUGUUGUUGAACACGAUUUUAUCAUGGCGACUUAUCUAGCGGACAGAGUGAUUGUGUAUGAAGGGACACCAUCAGUUGAUUGUACGGCAAACUCCCCGCAAUCAUUGUUGACAGGAAUGAAUCUUUUCUUAUCUCAUCUGGAUAUUACAUUUAGAAGGGACCCAACUAAUUAUCGACCAAGGAUUAACAAGCUAGAAUCCACAAAGGAUAGGGAGCAGAAGUCUGCUGGAACAUAUUAUUACCUGGAUGAUUGAUUUGAUUUUCACACAGGUCCGAUCUUCACAAGAGUUUAUGGUAGUGACCUCAAGGGUAUAUUGUCCAAUAGCAUUGGACAUGCUGCUGGCUAUUGUUUUAUCAGAGACCACGAGGAUUGAUCAGCCAUCAUUUCUCCUCCUGGCAUACUGAGUUCUGUUCACAUGAGCUUGUAUUAUUAUUCCGUGUAGCGUUAGAUCUCUGCUGUUGUGACCAAUUUUGCACCCAAGUUUGGGCAGGAGGUUUCGUUAGCCCACCGGUUUUACAUACUAGCUAGUGCGAGUGGAUUUUGUCGUGGCCAAUUCUGGCAUUUAUCAUAAUUUCAAUUUUCUCUU